UUAUGUAUUCCUCCUUUCAAGAAGACGCCAGCCGGAAUUCGGAGCACGUGCUCUCCACUGCAGAUCUGUCUGCUCCCAGCUCUGCCACCGUCACCAGCAUUGAAAACCUGCAGUUCAUUGCUAAGCUCCGACUCGCCAUCGGUAACGUUGCAGCUGUGCUUGGCAGAGAGCUGCCAAGUGCUGCAGACCAGAAUACAUGGACCAGUGCUGAAACUGCAGAGAAACAGUCCCAACUUGUGAAUUCAAUGAAAAAUCUGGUUGAAAAGGCCCAAACACCUUGGCCUCAAAUAUUCCUUAUUAGAAAUCUUUGUAAUUUCUAUGGGCUGAACAUAAUGCAGAAGAUUCUUCGGCAAGAGCCGUGGAUUUUCCCCCCUGGGACUGAGACUUCACAGGACAUAAAAGUCAGCUCCAAUGAACCACUGAUGCUUGUGACGCUAGACAGAGCAAGAGAGCACAUUAAAAACACAGACUCUGAAGAAGCCAAGCAACUAACAGCCAUCACAAAGCACAUGGAGAGGCUCCUACAAGCAUCGCUGCCCUCAGAAGAAUCUGUGGAAAACAAAUUGGAAAAGAUCAUGAGUGACGUGAGCAGCCAGGAGAACUCAGCCUUGCUGGAAGUGGUGCUGCAUACCGCUCUCAUGCUGACCCUGUCCCAGCACCCGCUCACCGAGCUAUUCAAAUCCAUCUGCUUCCAGCCCAGCACUGUCAAGGGGACCUACCUUCCGACCAUGCCGGGCGACCUUCUCUUUGAUGUGACAAAUUGGAAAAAUAAUCUCCGUGAAAAACUGUGGAGAUGCCAAUGCGGGCAGUACUGGCGUGUUGAAGAUUGUGGACUGCCCAUGGAGAUUAUGAAAUGUAUGUGUGACUCCGAGGUCGGUGGGACUCAUCACAAACCCAUGGAGGGAUUUGAGAAAGUAGAUACCAUGAAGGAUAAAACAGAGAGAGGCUACGUGCUGGGGAGUCCGUCCUCACGGAACAAUGAGACAGAGAGGGAUCUGCCUGCAACCUCAGUCUGCAUCGCUAGAGCACUGCUCCAUUCUUCAAUGCUCCUGGGGACUUUUACCGAUAGACAGUCCAUUUUGGAGCUAAUGAAAGUGAAGCCCCAGGACGCAGUAAAGUUCUUUUGCAACCACCUUGAAAAAGACAUCCAGUUCCUAGCGGAGUCACUUAGUGGAAUCAUAGACGAUGCAACGAUGACAGUCCACCUAUUCCUCGGAUACAUCCUCAACAGCACAGCCGACACAAACAUGACUAUUAAAGUUAUGCAUGAAAAAGCAGACAGAGUACAAUGGGAAAGCUGCUUAAAAGCUGUAACUCAGUCAUUCUUCCAGGGGCUGGAGCAGAAACUUGCUUCUGCAAAGCAGCUGAUUGUAGAGGAGGGAGCUCACAGUUCAAAUGUUCUCCUGAAAGUAGCCUACGGCCAGUCCCCACCUUUCAGCCACCUGCCGAGCUGCGGGCCAAUCAACAUGCCCUGCAUGUGGAGAUUUGAACAGAGGAUGACAGUCCAGCGCCUGACCCAUCUGGUGCAACAAGAAAAUGGAGCAAACCAGUUCCCUGUGCUCCUGGAACUGCUGUCCAAGCACCAGCACAUCCGACACGUACAGCACCUGCCUGAAAUUCUCACUCUGCAGCGCUCUCUGAUCCACUGUUUCCAAAACGGCGAUAUUCAUGAUGAAGGGCUUUCUGUGAGAAAGUUCUUGGAACAGGACAACCUCUCAGAUGAUCAGCGUUUUGCUUUUGAAAGAGCCAUGCAGACUAUUCAGAAAGUGUGGAGCAAUAUCAGAUCAGAUCCCAGAAUCUCAGAAAUAAGUAUCCCUAAAGACUUGUGGUGCAAGGAGAUCAACGCUGACACUGCCAUCCUGGACCUCCUGCCAACCACUCCAUCCAUAACUUACAUUGUUACCAGGGUCUUAAUACAGCUCCAGAACGGCUGCAUUGACACAGCUGCUCAACUCACUAAGGAAAAACAAAGGUCUAUUUCAGCGGAAGAGGUGAAACACGCCUCUGUGUUAAGUGUUACCGAGAGCGACUUGAUCACCAUGGCACUGUUGAACUUCCAGUACGUGCUAGAGGAAGAUGGAACCAAAAUCACCUACUAUAACUUUCAGACUCUGCAGAGGCAAGUGAUUCACCGCUUCAUCAGUGGGAAGCCCGUCGUGAAAGCCCAGACAGCUCCGUCCAUUACACCGAACAAUGUGAAGACUCUGUACUCCACGAAAAUUAAUGUUAAAAAACAAUUGUGCCAGGAACCACUGAGCGUGAGUCUGAUGAAACGCAUCAUGGAAGAGGCCAGUUCAGUGAGCGACAUUUCCAGAGCACUCUCCACCCUGAAAGUGGCUGCGGAGUUCCUGGCCGUGACUGGAGGGGACCCAGAGCGGCUCCUGACUGAGUAUGUCAGAAAUGAGCUGAAGAUGGAGGCUAAUGCAAAGCAGUUCAAAGACUUACCAGUUGUCCCACAAACCAAGCUGAAGCAUAUCCUGUCUUUGUGGCAGAUCCUGUCAGCAAAGAGAUCAGCGCUACUUGUACAAAUGAACCAGAAUCCCUUCUUCCUGAUAGACAAGAGAUACCAUGAAGAGCUGGCUGACCAGAAGAGGAAGAAGCUAACAACUGUGCUGUCCACUGUCAAUAUUGAGUUCUUUAUCAUUGAGCUGCAUGAAAUGAUCACAGUAACAUUACAAAACUACAAAAACAGUUGGGGGUGGACCUUUAAAGAAUAUUUAGAAGCAGAGGGAAAAGAGGAAAAUUACAUUGUGAAUCUGAUCAGCGCUGUGAACACGGACCUUCAGCUGAAGAACAUCAUUUCGGUGUGGAAAACCGCCGUGCUCAGCAAAUCAUAUACCCACACCUACAUCAAAGAGUGAAAGGAUCCAUGAAUCAUAGGUGCUGAAUCCGUGGGUGCUCC